UGCACAUGCUUUGCCCUCGAUCUUGCCGCGUCAGUCACCGAUUGACGGGUGCAUUCCAAAUUCACAACCGCAUCAACAUUCGCCCAGUCACUCAACAUCACAGCGCCUUCUCGACUGCAACUCCUUACCAAUCCCACAUAUCCACACAACCAUGCCGCCCAAAACGCAUCGCACAAUCUACGCCGUCCGCCUCCUCGAAAUCCUACGUGACCUCUCCAUAGAAACGCACCUCAUAAUGAGCAAAUGGGCCCACACAACCCUCAAAUACGAGACCGACAAAACAGAAGCCGAGAUACAUUCCCUCGCCUCCAGAGUCUACACGGCGCGCGACAUGACGGCUCCCAUUGCCAGCGGUUCCUUUCUGCACGACGGCAUGAUCAUAGUGCCGUGUAGCAUGAAGACGCUUGCCGCUGUGCGCAUAGGGUUCUGCGACGAUUUGAUCUCGCGCGCCGCCGAUGUGACAAUCAAGGAGCGGCGGACACUGAUGCUGGUGCCGCGCGAGACGCCGCUGAGCGAUAUCCAUCUGGAGAAUCUGUUGGCGGUGAGGAAGAUGGGGGCGGUAAUUUGUCCGCCGAUGCCCGCGUUUUAUACGCGGCCGAAGAGCUUGGAGGAGAUGGUGGAGCAGAGUGUUGGGAGGAUGUUGGAUAAUUUUGGCAUUCAUACUGAUGGGUUUGAGAGAUGGAAUGAUUUUCGGGAGGAAUAA